AUGUUUACUCGUCGUAUACUUGAAUUGCUCUAUGAAGAUGAUGAGGAACUCGAACGCCUUGAACAUAUUCGCCAUAUCAAUGAAUUGCUCGACUCUGAAACGAUUCCACGCUAUGAUGCUGCUAUGAAGCCUGGUUUGUCCCCUUUGGUGAGGGCUACUGCUGUCAUGCGUCAAUUGGCAUACGGUAUUGGUGCAGAUACUGCUGAUGAGUAUCUUCCAGUGGCGGAGAGCACCGCUUUAAGUUGCUCUACUCCAGAAAAUGCAACAGGGGAUUUCCUGGAAUGCUUGGCUCCAUUGACUGUAUGCAUUGGCAAUGGGACAAUUGCCCUGUUGCUUGGCAUGGUGCUUACACAGGUCGCUCAAAGCAUGCAAGCACAGUUCUAG